AGAAGAAGUAGAAGAACCGAAGCAUACUAUCAAUUCCCUUUAGCUGUUAUCCUCUUAUGGACUCCAAUUUUGUUAAACGGUGAAAAACCACAAGAUUUACUGAACGAAAGAAUAUCGACGGUGACUCUUGUCACCGGAAUCGGUGGUGUACGGCAAGGGCUUUUGUUUAUAUUAGCCCAUAUUGUUGGUUCAGUACUUCAGUUCAAUAAAAUCCAACUUUUGUGA